GCUUGCAGCCAGUGGCAGAAGCUGAUGGGUGGAACAAACAGGGCAUGAAAAGACUAACAUGACUAACGGAUCUUAAGAAUUGUGGCUCCUUCUCUGGAUCUCCAGGAAUGUAGGCACGGGCACCCCUCCGCAGCUCUCCGGCCAACCUCCUGCCUCAGACUGGAUCUGUUACUCACAAAGCAGAUCUCCUUCUGCUUUGCGGGCUGAGGAAGGCUAGGGAAGAACAUGGCCUGCAUUUUGAAGCGCAAGGCUAUUAUUGUGCUUGGUUUUGUAACCGCCUUUCUGCUCCUGAUCAUUGCCCGCCUUACAAACGAAGUCAGCUUUCCUCUGAUAUUCAGCUGCUUUGGACAAACAAGUGCCAAGUGGAUGCCAUUUUAUACACAACGGCAACCUCUGAGGACACACUAUGGAUAUAUGAAUGUGAGAACCCAAGAGCCUCUACAACUGGACUGUGACCUGUGUGCCAUCAUUUCAAAUUCAGGUCAGAUGUCUGAACAGAAAGUAGGAUUUGAAAUUGACCAGUCCUCCUGUAUCUGGAGGAUGAACAAUGCUCCCACCAAGGGCUAUGAAGAAGAUGUUGGGAAGCGGACCACCGUGAGAGUCGUCUCCCACACCAGUGUUCCUCUUCUGCUUAAGAAUCCUGAAUAUUUUUUCAAGGAAACCAACAGCACAGUUUAUGUCAUCUGGGGACCUUUUCGAAACAUGAGGAAGGAUGGCAGUGGCAUUGUGUACAACAUGCUGAAGAAGACUGUGGACAGCUACCCUGGGGCAAAAAUCUAUGUGACCACAGAGCAGCGCAUGAGUUACUGUGAUGAAGUAUUUAAGAAGGAAACUGGGAAAGACAGAAUCCAGUCAGGAUCCUAUCUCAGUACUGGUUGGUUUACCUUAAUUCUGGCUAUGGAUGCUUGCUACAGAAUACAUGUCUAUGGGAUGAUAAAUGACACCUACUGCAAGUCAGAAGGCUUUAGGAAAGUUCCUUAUCACUAUUAUGAGCCUGGAAGAGAUGAAUGUGAUGAGUACUUUCUGCAUGAAAAUGCACCCUAUGGAGGCCACAGGUUUAUCACAGAAAAAAAAGUGUUUGCUGACUGGGCUAAGAGGCGCACAAUAACAUUUACACAUCCUAACUGGACAUUGUCAUGAUGCUGGUUCUCACGUCGUCCCUUAAGGAGCAUAAUGUUCCAUUCAAGGCAUGCCACAGUUUACAGGGAUAUUUUCAACUUACUUGACUUCCACAACUUUAGUGGCAUGGAAGAAACAAGAUGGUCCCACCAUUUAACAAGUGGAGUGAAACUUAUCCAUCUAUGGAAGACAUGCAAGAUGCUUAUUCUAUCUCUUGGGGUUGGGAUAGAAUAAUGCACUUUGUUUUUAAACUGGACUUUAUUUUUAUUUUUUUUUAAAUCAAGAUGGUAACAGUUUGGUUUUAAUAUGAUAAUGUUCUUAAGGAAGGAAAUACACAAUCCCACACAGUCCCACUAUCCUGGCUGUCUGUGGAGAAAUGAUAUAAAUACUUGAAUUUAGAUUGUGAAUUAGAGUUUUCAUUACUAAGAGAACCUUCUUGUCUUAGGCGCAGAUUGUUAAGGGCCAGCUGCGUAUGUGUUUGUUUGUUUUUAAAAAUAUACGCGUGGCUACAAAUUCACAUUAUAUGAGAAAAUUAGAGAUGGGUUAAGAAAGAUUCCUGAACUCCAAUUAGUUUCUACACAUGGGAAUUUUGUAUGUUUGAAGCCCAGGAGUACUUCAUAUGCUGUGAAUGACAACCUGCUGCAGCAGCGGUUCAACAAUCCAGGCUUUCUGGACAUUGCCUCAAAUUUUCCUGGCAUGCAUCAACACAGCUACCUUCUGCUCUAAAAAAUACUCCGUAGACGUGGACAGCACAUUUCAUUAGGGUGUGCACCCAGGAAUUUAUUGAAUACAUAUUCAUACUCCAUCAUAAAGGAUAUUAAUUGUAUACAUCAAAUGAACUAAAGUAAGUAAAACUUAACUAAACUCUUUUAUUUUAAUUAACAACUAAAAUAUCAUUUAUUUAUUUAGCUGUAGUGAUUAUCAGGUGUAUACAAAGAUACAGUCAGUUUUAUUUUUCUUUAUAUUUAUUUACACAACCAAAAUUGACCAAAACAGAUUAAGGGUGCUUCAUCUUCCUGUCUUAGAGAACGAGAUGCUUCUCACCAUGAGUUAUGGACUUAAAUUCCUCAACCACAUCAAUCUAAUUAACUGAAAAGCAGCCCUUCACUCCCACAGAUAUCUCUACACAAAAGGUGACAAAUGGAGCUCAGGUGGAGACAGAGCUAUGAGACAAAAGAAGGCUAGGAUGUCCAACUUCCUACCUUACUACCACUACAGGAACCAAUCAUCUCAUCACUGCUUCUAGGGGCAGACUCAGGCAGAAGCUGCAACUCCACCCCAGAUCCAUUCCAGCCUUUUUAUUCUGCCUAUGUCUCUCUGUCCGUUCCCCUUCCCUUCCCUUCCCUUCCCUUCCCUUCCACUCCCUUCCCUUCCACCUUUGUCUCUCUCCCACCACUCUUCCCCACAGGUCCUGGCCACUGAGGGAGCUGUGUUGCCACUUUGUUCUCUUUCCUCCACACCACAAUUCCUGUUUUUUAAACAACAAGAAGAAGAAGAACAAUGUUAGGGUGUGCCUUGGCACACCCAGCACACCCAAUGUGCAUGUCUGCAGUAUGUACACUCCCUUUUUGGAGCAGAACUUAUAUAGCUGUUGUUUGACAUCUUAAGGAAGCUCCACAGACCUGCAUGUGGAAAUAGAGGCCCUGGAAUCUCAUACCUCUAAAAUGGUUUUGGAUAGCAAAUCCUUUGUGGUCUUGAGCAGUUUAGCUCAACUCUGCCUCAAACUCUCCAUGUUGAAAAAUGGGGAUAAUACCUACCUCACAAGGCCAUUGUGAAAAUGAGUGUAUGGACUUUUGGUGAUAGUUCAUUUGAAUGGCUUCUUCCUAGCUGUGGGAGCUUCAUACACAUUCCUCUGUGUUUUGUACUUUGAGGAACAUUGAAUCUGAAGUGUGAAUCCAUGCUAGGCAAUGAUGGCUGCAUUUGGAUGUCAUAAAAAACAAACAAACAGGAGUAGACCCAGCCUUUUUUGGAACUGAUGCAGUAUGUGCUCAUCUUGCCUCCUCUGGUGUGGUGAAAGGAGGAGUUUAGAAGCAAUCACUUCAGAUUUCAGUUAACCACAGUUUAGUGUUACAUCCAAACCCUAAACUUUGGUUAAUGUUAACUAUGUUUUGUUGAAACAAGCCAGCUUCAUAAUCUAUGGGUUGAAGUUGGCUUGUUUUCAACAAACCAUACCUGACAGUAGCCACAGUUUUACAGUUGUGUAAAGCACAACAAGCUUUGGUUAAUCAAAAACAGAAGUGAAAACUUCCAAAUUCCUUGUUGCUGGAUUGCAGGAAUCAACAGAACCCAGAGGGGGGCUAGGCUCUCAUUGCUUUCAGUUUAUCAUGACAUCCAACCUCUAAAUAUCAUCAUUCCUAUUGUAACCACUCAGUGUGCAUUGACUUCUUCUGAAGGUUCUUGUUCUCAGAAAACUAUCCCUUUAAUGGAUGGAGCUCAGGAAUGUUUUCUAUUUGCCCAUUUCUAAUUGAAAUACUACCCUGAUUUAUCUGUUUGUGUGAGGAUCAUACAAAAGUUAGAUAGUUAGCUCAGCAAAUUAGUUAUGAGCCUAUGUAACAGAGACAAAUAUUUAAAGCAGAGGAGGUAGAUGAGACAGAUAAUGACUGCGAUUCCAGUAACUGCUAAUCCAUAGUUUAAUGCAAGUGGGAGGAGGAGUUCAAUAGCUUAUGCUUGCAUUUCUGCUUAACCACAGCUUGCCAUGCCAUCUGAACCAACAAACUGUCGUUCAUGUGAACUAUGGUUUAAUUAAAACAGACUAACUUCAAAUGGUGUUUCAACAAGCCAUAGUUGACAUUAACCAUGGUUUAGGGUUUAGAUGAAAUACGAAAAUUGAAGUUAAGGGGGAUAGGAAGCAAAGACUUCUAGACAUCUCUUGCAGUUAGUUCAGAAGCCUGAGGCUCUAAGCACAAUCACAUUACACUAAACUAUGGUUUAGCAUGGCUUUUGAAUACUGUCAGUUAAUCAAAGUUUGGAUAAUGAGGCUUCUACUGUACAAUGUCUCCUUAUUUCCAUUUACAUCAGAAGAGGGUUUUUUUCAUAUAAAAAAUCUGAAAUAAGUCUUAAGAUCCAUACCAUUUGAAAAGAUUCUCUGAUAAUAACCUGGGUAUCAGAACAACAUUGAACUAGUACUGCUAAAACUUGAAAAGAGGUUUAUUGACCCUUACUCUUGUAGAACUGUCAAAAAGCCUAAGCAUUGAAACCACCAGGCAUUUUGUAUUACUUUGCUGAAUCAUGAACAAGUGAUUGCAAAAUCCUAUUUUUUACAUGUGUUUGUAUAAGGAUUGUUAUUUCCUGUUGUAUAUUUGUAUAUAGAGUUCUAUCUUUUAUAUGUCCACAGUAUAUAUAUAUGUUCUCAUUCCAUCAUCACCAUUAUUAAGUGCCACCUUCCUGCACUGGGGUUUUUGUGCACAUCAUGCAGUUGUGUGAUUUUACACCUGGGUAGUUGUCUUCUGCACUUCGCAGCAUACUAAAGAUGAGCUCUCAUUUCUCCCCAGGUAGAUUCUCACUCAACUCUAAUAAAUUACCUCAAGCCCUU